CCCAAGCAUAUCACUGGCCAAGAUAGUGCGAUAUAAAAACUGAUGUGUACGUCCAUUGAAUUUUCAUGGCUCCACGGUGUCGCGUGCGGCAUCUGCAAUGUCGGGCACGCUGAAAGGCCCAGGGGUGCGCGGUGGAGUCCCCGACGUGCAGUGCCCUCCACCCCCAGCCGCGCAUCGGUAGCUAUUUGCAUCAGCCUGUCCAUGUGCUACUUGCAUGGUAGCUGCUCAGCCUUACUCUGUUGGAUCAGCCGACCCACGGGCGACGGACAGCAAUAAUAGUGCCAGCCAGGCAGCACACCCGCUCGCCCAGCCCUGCGGACGACUCAGACCCCGCCACAGCACACAUUCACACCAUGGUGCUGCGGCGGCGUGCCCUGCUGCUGGUGCUGGCAGCAGUCGGCCUGACUGCCGGAUUGCUGGUCGGCGCACUUGCAGCCGCCCUGCACUGCCGCCGGCAUGGCGACAGCUCCUGCCACAGGGCUGGCCACGGCGCCAGCGCGUGGGGCUGGGUCAGCAGCGGCUGGGCCGCUGAUGGUAACCGCAACAUCAUCAGUGGCGCUGAUGGUAUUUCUCACGGCGCGCGGCGAAAGGAGGGCACAGUAGCGGAGGAGCCCGCUGGAGCUCGCCGUGGCCGGGGCCGCUCUGGCAUGCAGCCGACACUGCGGGAGGAGAGGGGGAUGGGCAGGGAGUGGGCGUGGCAUUGGAGGGAGCAGCUACGCACGUGGCGGCGCCGCGGGCUGUUGCAGUAUGAGUUCUUCCCGGCAGGCUUCCCGGUGCUGCUCAACCCCGCGCUGGAUGUCAUCGACGGCGUGGGGCGCCCGGGGCUGGUGCAGGUGCGCGCUGGGGAAUGCAGUCCCGUGCGUGUGCAUGCAUGUACAAGCGCCGUGGGUAGUCAGGGGCAGAUUUGACGGUGCAUGAGACUGAGGAGCGGCCCGCCGGACCUGCCCCACACCUCGUCGCACUGGCCACACAUCCGAGUCGUACGUGCCCCUACCCCUUGACAACUGAUGUCUGACAAAUCCUGUGGCCCCGGCCUCAGCCGCCAAGCGCCGACCGAGACGCCGCCGCCGCCACCGCCAGCCUGUGUCUGCAGGUGGGGCCGGAUGCCGCCGGCACCCUGGCACAGUGCGGUGAGUCAGUCAGUGAAUAGGGUAGUGCGGGCAUGCUGCAGCCGCAAGAAUGGUGCGUCUGAAAUAUCUCGUGUUGCUGCCGGUAUCAUCAUAUUUUGUGUGCCGGUGACAACUUGCAUUGCUGUCGUCCUGUCCAUUGACGCGCAGCCAACCUGCCAGGUGGACCCCGCCCCACUGGUGGCCGGAGGCUGAGGAGUUUGGGCUGAGUUGCGGAGGCCGGAUUGACGCCGUUCGUGGCAUGGCAUGAUGGGAACAAG